UCUCUCUCUCUCCCCAGACACUAGUAUUAACAUGUCUGAUGCACCUAGUUGGACACAAGUACACCAUCAUCUUUGGUCUAAUAGUACAGGCUAUACAACUAUUCAUUUAUGGCGUGUGGACCAGUAAAUGGCUAAUGUGGACAGCUGGUGUCUUUGCCGCUUUAUCAACAAUCAUAUACCCAGCUAUUAGUGCUUUAGUCAGCAAAAAUGCCGAACCAGAACAACAAGGUGUGGUUUUGGGUAUUUUGACUGGAAUGAGAGGAUUAUGUAAUGGAUUAGGCCCCACCCUUUUCGGUCUCAAAUUUUAUCUGUCUCACGUUCAUUUAAAGGAAGUGGGUAGUGUGAGCGUUGCCAUGGCAGCGACUAGCAGUAAUAAUAUUCAUGGGUUGGGCGAAGUCAGCCCUGUACUAAUUAAUGGGACAAUGUCACCUACUGAUAUCAGCAUGCAUGAGGGUGGUCUAUUCAGAGGUCUUCCAUUCCUCUUUGGUGUAAUACCAGUACUAAUUGCACUGGUUGUUGCCUUGUGUAUUAAAGAUACUAAUAGUUUUAUGAAGAAAUCAUCAGAACACAAUUCACUCAAUGUAUUAUGACAAGUGGACUGAAGUAGUAUUAUACUAAUAUUAUUAUUAUCAUCAUCAUUUUCAUUGCUCAUUUUCAUUGUAUGCACA